AUGGAGGCUGAGUCACCCAUUACUAGGCCAGGGCCCAUCAAAGUCUCUUCAUCCGACGGGCAGAUGUUCGUGAAGGGACCUGAAGAACAUUUUGAGAAUAAUGUGCAUCUACCACAGCAUAUCUCACCACCGAGACCUCUUCCAUUGAGGGCUUUGCAUUAUAUAGCUCAGCAGCCACUUGAAGAUUCGGGUCCUCUGCGAAAUCCAAUCAGCCACCACCCCAGAUACCUCAUACCACGCAGUCAUCUGACAAUCGGAACCCAGCGUCCGAGCGAGAAGUCUUUGUCGUCAGUCGACUCUAAAACUAGCGGAAGUACUUCAGAUACUACCCUGUCUCUACCGAUACCGCCGCCCGGUUCGUUUCCGCCGUAUGCAGCGCCGCCAACACAGCCCUCUUCAAUAUACGGAUCCUGCGCGAGUCCCACCAGCACAAUUGACUUGACAUCGCGUACAUCAAUCGCAACCGAGCUCCUUUUCAGGCAAUCUACAUCCUCUUCAUCGGUUAUUCGCCUUUCUGAUAUCCCCCCAUUCCCGCCGCCAUGGUACCCGCCGCCAUCGCAAGAUCCCCCACUGCCCCAGAAUGAUCCACGCCUGCAAGCUGUAGGUCUUACAUCGCCACUCAAGACCAGCCAAGCUCAGAACUCAGAUGUACAACCCGUCUUUGCCAUCCCAGAGAAUGUCCCUAAUCCCCGCCUCACUCGAGUAUCCCUGGCCUCAAGUCAGGCUAUUCCGUCCAGCUGGGGUUACGGGCCGACCGAACCAGUGAGCAUCGGAGCCUGCUUGGAUGCCGAAUCAGGAGAAGGGCGACCCAUUUCCCAUCACCACAGAGCAUGGCUUAACGCCACCAGUGUUGAGAAGAAAGACAAGCCGACAAUACCCACGAUUGCCAAGUCCCAUUCUACCUCAAUGGUCUCGAAUCUGGACAGCCCACCACUCCCCCUGGGAAAAUCAACAUUCGUUCGUGAAAACAUAAAUUCCUCGUCACUUCUUCACUCUCAAGGGACUUUUAAGAAGGGGUUCGUUUGCACGCCAUUCAACCAGUCUGACCAGUAUAUGAAAUCUAAAAAGCCGCCCAUCUCACGGGAACAAACCUUCGAGCAACACAAUGACACUUGGAUGUCCAAGCCUUCCGAUCAAAAGGUUUAUGCUAUGCCCAAUGCUAUGCCCAAUGCUGCGCCGACUUUAAAUGACAAAAAGCUCACUAGCCUCAAUUCUUUCCAUCGGGAGACAAACGCUGUGCGUGAUGCUGAGGCCCGUAGCACCACUCCUUUGAGUUUGAUCGAUCUGAUUCGAAGUGCCACUGGGAUGUCUUCGAGCUCAGAGGAUGGGAAAACUGCCAGUCGGACUGACCUUACUGACAAGCGCCAAGAUUUUGACCUAUGGAACGCAAGUAGAUGCCACCGCGACUCUGGCUCCUUUUCUGAUAUUCUGGCUGAGUUCCCCCCACCGGGCGUACCAUUGUUCAAAGGCCGUGGGUUUUUGCCUAUUUCUAUUUGGCGCUCCAAACGACGCAAUAUUGAAGCGAUCGAGUGGGAGAAGCAUCACGACACGGGUAAUACUCCCUCCAAGAGACCUUUUCAUGGCCUGUCCCGGAGACAGCUCAUCAUGAUCUGCAUCGUUGUUUUGAGUACGAUUGUCCUGGCAAUUCUGCUUCCUGUUCUUCUCGUCACCCGAUCCAACUCCAACAGCUCUACAUCGUGCGAGAAGAAUAUGAGCUGCCAGAACGGAGGAGUCAGUGUGUCGAGUGGUAAUGGGUGUUCGUGUAUUUGUGCUAAUGGCUACACCGGGACUCAGUGCACCACCAUUGGGGAUAGCAGCUGUGUAACGUCGGAUGUCACAUCGUCAAGAAACGCGACGAUGGGUAGUUCCUUGCCUCGUCUCUUCGAUGAUUCGCUGUAUAAAUUCGGCAUUGCUCUCAAUGGAGACACCAUCAUGGCCCUAUUCAGCGCGAAGAACAUAUCAUGCAACGCUGAGAAUACCUUCGUCUCCUUCAGCGGUGCAAGUUAUGGCAGUGACACAAGCAAGACUCGCCGAUCCUAUAGGACGUUCAUCAGCGAAGUUGAAGCUGAAAUAGACCCUAUAUCUGUCUCCCUAUCCGGUUCUAGUAUAACUACUCCUCGGGCCCUAGCUACCAUGAACGGCAUCCUAUAUGACGACUCGACCACCAGCGAGGCCGCAACUACAGAUUCUACGGAGAUGGAGUUCAUGAGCAGUACAGCCAUUGCCUUAUUCGAGGUAGUGGAAUUCUCCCAGGUAGCUGUGCUCUACAUCGUGGAAGAGACACGCUCGUUUGAAUCCGCCGUCAGUACGAAGGAAACCAUUCAAUCGUACCUACUUCAGUCCUUCAAAAGCACAGCCCACCCAUCGCUCCGGGUGUUGGGUGCGUAUGACCUCGACUUUGAGAAUAAGACCAUCACGCUACCCGAUGGUACGACGAUAGGAGGGCGAAUUUGA